AUGUGGGCAACCUUAAAAAUAUGUCAGGUCGUCACUGUUAUUGCCUUCUUGAGACUCCCGAAGCAUGGAUUCGAAUCCGACAUUGAAGCAAGAGUCAUGCAAAAUACAAAAGACUUACCUGGUGCUGACGAAGUCGGGACAGGACCCCCACAUCACGUGGCAAUCAUCACCAGACCGGCCAACAGAAGCUUCCUGUGGUGCGGGGGGUCGAUCGUUUCAAGAAAAUUCAUCCUCACCGCAGCCUAUUGCCUGGAAAACUCACAAGACGCUACAAUUAAUUUAUAUCCCACGACAAACGGUGAGUAUAGUGUAAGGAGUAACAAAUUCAAGAUUCAUCCAAAAUGGCAGCCACAACUCCUUCAGAACGACAUCGCCCUGAUCGAACUGCCCCAUCCUCUACGCCUACCGGAUCUGAACCCCAUCGAGUUAUCUUUCAGCGCCAAGAUCGCUUCUAAACUACCAGCGAGCGUGUAUGGGUGGGAAAAACAAGAUCUUCGACCGAUAUGGGGCAGAUACGAUGUGGUUAUUAUAAGUAACAAAGACUGUGCUGUGUUUUACGGAGCUUUAAUCACAAAGUAUACCCUGUGCGCCAAAAGCGAUGGGCAAGGAAACGGUUGCCACGGUUCCUCGGGUGGUGCGUUGGUGAUAGACGGNAAGAUAUAUUGGAAUAAAAAAUGGCUGUUUUGUACCAUUUUUCGCUAUAAUUUAGGCAACCAGAAAUGCAUCAGUUUCCAUCCUUAA